GCGCUUGCGACCAAAACCAGAAUACAACAGAAAACAAGAGAAAACCCGGAAACAAAAAACGGACUCCAAAAAAUUCACCAAAUCCGGACGCAAUAGCCCACCUAGUGCCAUUCCCUAUCGCUUCUUCAUCUUCUUCUUCAUCCUCAGCUGAACCUGAAUGAGAGCGAGUUCUCCUCCGUGCUUCCUGCUCUGGUUUUAAGCAAAGCAGCGCUAGUAGCUGCAGCUACGAUUUCUGCAAUGUUCGGCGGCGGAGGAGGGAGUGUUUAUUGGGGGAGGAGGAGGAGGGAAUUCAAAGGGAUUGUGGUGAUAUUCGCUUGGGUUUCCGCUCACCCUGGGGAUUUGAGGAGCCUUGUCGAUUUGUAUUCCUCUCUCGGUUGGAAUUCUCUCGUUUCCCAUGCCGAUUUCCUCACCGCGUAACCCUCUCUCUCUCUGAAUCUGCUUGCUUGUUUCUUUCUUACGGCUCUGUUUGUGUUCUGGGAACAUGAAAGGGGGGUGAAUUUGAGCUGAAAAGAAGGCUUGCAAGGUUCAGGAUGUUAUGUGGGAAAACGCAAAUGAACAUCAUACUUAGUGUGGUUAGGGUUGACUCAAGUUUAGAGAAUUAUACUAGUCUACCAAGAAUAGUACCAUAAGGGUGUUAGAUUUCUGAAAGUUUGGGUGGGUCUGUGAAGCUUGCAGGUUUACGUCUUUUUGAUUCGUCUCUUCUGCAUUCAGGAACUAGAUAGUACACUUGAUGCUCGAUGAUGCUCUGUUUUUGCAGGUUUUAUCCUGAGAGAGCCAUUUCUUUGGCGUUUCUUCUCCUCAGUGAACUUGUCCAGGAGCUAAGGGUUCGGCCAUGUCCAGUUGUCUUUGUGGCUCUUUCUGGUGGUUCAAAAGCUUGCAUGUCCAAGAUUUUUCAGAUCAUCCAAGGUUCUUGUGAAGGUCAUCUUAACCUGGAUGAAAGUCGUUUAAUCGGAAACUGCUUUUCUGGCCAUAUCUAUGAUUCUAGCCCAGUAGACUUUACGAGUGAUUUGGCUGCCCGGUUUGCUCUUCCAGCCAUUCAGAAAAUGCCCGGCCCGUCAAAACUCAUGUCUUGGUUUGCAAAAGGGGUCACUUCUGGUCUUGAUGGUUUGUACCUUACCAGGCUUGAGUACCAACGAACACAGUAUUGGCAGAAUCUGUACUCAUCAGUUGAGUUAGGAGCCCCAUACCUGAUUUUAUGCUCAGCUGAUGAUGAGAUUGCACCUUGCAAUGUUAUCUGUGAAUUCAAACAUCAACUACAAGUACUUGGGGCUGAUGUUGCACUUGUGAAGUUGAAUGCUUCUCCUCACCUAGGUCAUUACAAGUAUCAUCCAACCACGUACAGCACAGCAGUGACCAAUUUGCUAGAGAAGGCCACAUCAGUUUAUUGCCAAAGAAUCCAACAACUCCAAGAGGGACUAAAGAUGGAUGGUAUGCAUCACCAAAUAUCCAAUUUAGUAUGCGACCUUCAGCAAGUGGCAGUCGACUCAAAUGAAGGAUUAAGAAGAGUACCACCGGUUCUGCCCAAUGAUGACUUCUUUGGACAAAGUUCUUCCAAAGACCAGAAUAAUAAAGAGUCAGAAUCUCCACAAGAUGAAAGGAAAGAGAACUCCUCUAUAAACCUAAGCAGCCCCCCCAGGAUAAGCCCUCAUGGUGUUCUUGGCCAAGUGCUCUUCGAUGCUUGUGUUCCCAAGUAUGUGGAUGGAUGGGAUAUUAGGUUUUCUGGAUGCCUCAAUGGACAACCUGUUGCUUCUGCAAGUAAGCGCUCUCAUCUGCAGGCCUUGAAACGCUUCCGCCGCUCGAGAUUAUAGUGCUGCAUGACAUAGGACGAGUUGCAAACGCUAGUGAUGUGUUUGAGGACCAUUUUGAGGCUGGUCCAUGUUUUGGGAUGUAGAAGUGUACAGGUAAUGCAGGAAGUAUGGCAAUAUGUUGAGAAUGAGGCAAAUCCCAAAGGAAAGUCUGCCAGUGCUGAGCAUGCAAGGUGUCCAAACCAGUGGUUUCUGAUCCGGGAAGAGGGCAAGAGGAUAAGAUGUAAAUACUUUUCUAUAUCUGUAGAAUAAAGGGUAAUGAGAUACAAACCAACAUAGCGUCAUGUGUCAUAAUAUGUCGCGGUUUGAUGACUUGAUGUACAAGUAUGUAUAAAAACUGACUUAGUCUGAUGCUGAGUUAGAACUUAGAAAUGCUCUUUCGAGGUUUGAAUGGCGGGAAAUGACUGAAGAAGCAGGUGGUAACUAAACAGGUUUUCAGGACACAUCAGAACUUGCAGGAGGCGGCGGUAUGUUAACUAUUAACAGUUGCCAUUAGACAAUCA